UUUCGCGGAUCGUACACACCGGUUACGUUCUAAUAAGGUUUUAAUCCAAUCAGCUGUCAAAUCUGUCGCUUAUUUUAUCUAUGUUUCGGCGAUUGUCAAAUCUCGCGCGCUUUCUGACGGGUGUUUUUUUUAAAAUAUAAUAUAUUAGUGCUGUGUGUGAAUGUGUUAUGCCGGUUGAUUUGGAUACUUUGUGCGUGUAAGAUGGCGUAAAGAAUAAAACAAUAUGGCGGCCGUCUCCGUUCAUUUACAAGAUCGUAUGAACAUCCACGACAGCGAAGAUGAGCAACCGUUCUCGCCAAACACGAGAGAUACGACAAGCCCGGACUGUCCGGACGAAGAGAAAGAAAGACAACUACAUUCAUCUUCUUUCUCCAUUCAUAACGUCCUCAAAAAAGAACGAGAAAGCAAUAGUCCCGAAAACGUCUUCUCUACUGAUAAAUUGCUACAAAGCACACCAAAUUAUGAAGAAUCUAGAAACUCUGAAAGUGUUAGUCCAAGAUUAGAUGAAGAUGAACAGAAUGAUAGAGCAGAAAUUAGUAUAGAUGAACAUUCGUGUUGUAGUGAUGAUACUGUCCUCUCAGUAGGCAACGAAGCACCUGUGUCUAGUUUUGAUAAGUCCUCUGAUCCACAAGGGCUUACAUCAUUUAGGCAUAUACAAACCCAUUUGAACGCUAUCUCACAGUUAAGUCAAAACUUAACAAUAAAUCAGCCACUACUUCUCCGACCAAAUCCAAUUAACCCAAACCCACUCAUGUUUAUAAAUCAGCCAUUAUUAUUCCAAAACCCUUUGCUAAAUCAAGUUGAUCUCAAAUCCAACGUACCUAGACUAUCAUUACCUCAGAACAAUAUAAUUAACCCGCAGUUUGGAGUAAACUACGCACUACGUACAAGAACAGAUGAAAAUCGACGAUACAACUGUGUUAAAUCACCAGAGAAUGACUCUGACCGGGAUUUUAUAAACCAGAGUUUAAAGUUCAGUAUAGAUAAUAUAUUAAAAGCUGAUUUUGGUAGAAGAAUAACUGAUCCUUUGAACAAGCGUAAGACAUUGAAAACACGGCAUGAAGUAAAGAGUGUUCCUGUUAAGGAAAUGGUGAGUGUGCAAAAAGAAUUAGAAGCUAGAGUUCCCGAAGUCAAGCCUAGUGAAAAAGGGGCGAUUGAUUUAUCCAAAUCAGAUGAUAGUAAUCCAGCCUCAAGCGUAGGCAAUAGUAGCAGUGAUGGGCCCAUGGUGUGGCCAGCCUGGGUGUACUGCACGAGGUACAGCGACAGACCAAGCUCUGGUCGAAGUAAGUAUCCAGAAAUGGCUUGGGAGGUUUGUUUUACCAUUAAGUAUAUAUAUGACGUGAAAAUAUAAAAAAAUAUAUUAUUAGCCACUCCUAUAACGAUUCUGAACGAAAUAGUAGAUAUAAACUGGUUUUAACUGGUAAUAGCCGUUAAAUUAAAAUCCGGAUCCAUGCUUUGAAAAACUUGUAAAGAGACAUUAUUCUCUAUUUAUACGAUUUAUUGACAUGGUAGUGAAAUUUAUUUUUUAUUAUUUAUUUAGAUAGUUACACCAACACCACAUCAUUUUAUAAUUAAAAUUUUAGCAAGUACACAAGGGGUAGUACAAUAUCACAUGUCUUUAUAGGUUUACAAUAGUGCGAAAAGAAUAACAAAGUUGAACAAUUAAACAUAAUAAAAUUAAAGAAAUGAAGAGUUAAACAAAAAUGAUGUAAAAUGUAGGAGAUGUAAAUGUAGAAAUAUGAAAUAAUAACAAAGGUAUGAAAUGAAUAAAAAUUUACAAUAAAAAAUUUUGGAAAGUUAUUUUUGAACACCUUAACAAUACAGCGACAUACAUUUACAAUAACAAUUUUUAAUUCUUAAAGAACAGGCAAGUAUAAAAACGAAACCAAAGCUUACUUACACUCAGCUAAGUUAAAAGUAAGUAAAAUCUGAGCAAGGUCUAAGUAUGCUCUAUAGAUGUCAGCCUUAGUGUAAGGCUUUUUAUAACAGUUGACAGGUAACUUUCCCUUUUAGGGACAUAAAAAUUUACACUAUAUUACUAUAUUUUUUGUCAAGUAUAAUAGAGCGUUCAAAUGGAGUCGCUUCUGUCCUUCUCAUAUCUUCUCUUAUCUUAA